CCCCCACAAAAAGAGGGAGAAGAAAACCCUGUCACCAUCUAAUCCAAUGGCUCCACACGGUUUGCAAACAAUCCCGCCUAAAACAAUUUUGAAAUUGAAACUUUUAUUGGAAACUUGAAUCACUCGAUUCCCAUUUCAUCUUGCUGCUCCAAUCUGUCCUUCUCUCAGAAACAAUGGCAAAAGCAACAGUUGGUUCUACAAGGAAGGGAACCAAAACCUCCAAUUCUUCCCCUUCUUCUCCCCAUCCUCCUUACCUUGAGAUGAUUUGUGAAGCAAUAUCGACGCUCAGGGACCGGACAGGGUCAAGCCAGCCAGCGAUAGCCAAAAUCAUUGAGGACAAGUACAACAAAAUGCUGCCCUCGAAUUUCAAGAAACUGCUAUCUGUUCAGCUGAAGAAGCUCGUGAAAUCCGAGAAGCUUGUGAAGGUCAAGAAUUCCUACAAGAUUUCUUCAACGGAAAAGCUCAUGUUGGCGAUCAAAGAGACCCAGAAAAAGAAAGGUGCUGCCAAGAAGAAGGCCUCAACAUCCCAAAAGGCUGCAAACAAGGUAUCUGCAAAAAGCGUCAAGACCAUGAGGCUGAGUCCGGUUAAGACCCCAGAGGCUCUCAAGAAAGCUAAAAAGGAAGUGAAGAAGCCGGUUUCGGGCUUGAAAUUGAAGCGUUUGAGUCAGGUUAAGACCCCUGAGGGAUUGAAGACGAAGGAUUUGAAGUCUGGGGAUAAGGCGAAGGUGGCAAAGAAGACAAAGAAGUGAGGGGUAGUUGACAAAGGAUGAUGAUGUUAAGUUCACUUUUUGUUGUAUGUAGAUACGGUAGUUACUAGUUAUGCGUAUUUGAUGACAGAAAAUAGUUCUUAGAUGGAAAUUUGCUUCUUCUGCUCUGAAAAGCAAGGAAAGUUGCUGUUGACUGUUGUUCUUAAAGUUGUGUAGGAUAUUUUGUGGUUCUAUCAACUCUACUGUUGAUCCUUUCGAAUGCGAUUUGAAUAUCAAGAUUGUUGCUUUUAA